GGGGGGGAGGAGGCUGGUGCCUGCAGGUCGGACUCCUGGGUUCCCUAGAAGGAAAGUGGGUGCGCAUGCGUUUGUUUUGGUUUCCAUCCCACCCCCUCUGGUUGGUGACGCGUGUCUGCACUGUGACCAGUUCCUCCCCCUCUAUCUCACCCCCGAGGAGGAGCCCUGUCGCAGCUGCACCACGGAGGCAGGCAGAAAUCCAACAGCAUUCAAGCCAAUUCCAAAUGGCUGGAUGCCCACUACGACCCAGUGGCCAGCCUCUACACCUUUUCCUCUUGCGUCACCCUGGCUGACCUGCAUGGUGAUGGAGACUGUAAGCUGGUGGUGGGCGACUUGGGCCCUACAGGACAUGAGAUGAAGUUGAAGGUGUACCAUGGCAUGGACCUCCUGAGCGAGAAUGUCCUGUUGGACUUGCCCACAAGUGUGGCUGCCUUCCUGAUGGAGCGUCAUGAACUGUGUGUUCCUGCUGUGGGGGUGGCUGCCGGUCCCUACAUCUACGUGUACAAGAACAUGCGCCCCUACUUCCGCUAUGCUCUGCCCCCCUUGGAAGUCAACUCCACAGAGAAGGAUGUCUGGGAGCAGGCAAAGGAGGACAAGGUUGACCUUCUGUCAAUGAAGGAGACACUGGAGAUGAUCCGGGAAAACGCAGACAGAGAAAAUACGGAGCCGCCCUUGUCAGUGCAGUCCUUGAGGUUCCUGGCCCUUGACCCUCCUGAGAUGGAGUCCUUUGUGAACCAGUAUAAAAUGCAGCCGCUCAAGCGCCAGUCACUGAUUACCUGCAUGACUACCCUGAAGAAGAGCCUGGCAGACGAGGGCUCUAUCAGCUGCCUGGUGCUUGGGACGGAGAACAGCGACAUCAUCAUCUUGGAUCCUGAGCCCUUCAGUAUGCUGGUGCAGACAAAGGUACCAAGCGUGCCAGCCUUUCUGGACGUCACAGGACAGUACGAUGUGGAAUAUCGGCUCAUAGUGGCCUGCCGUAAUGGGUGCAUCUACAUCCUCCGCAGGAACUCCAAGCGACAUAAAUACUGCAUUGAGCUGAGUUCUCAAGCCGUGGGCUUGUCCUGGGUCCAAAAGAACAUUGUGGUGGCCUGCUCCGACGAAACCCUUCAAAGCUUUACUCAGAAGGGGAAGAAGCUCUGGGUGGUCCCGUUGCCAGCCACCCCCAUCACUCUGAGUCUCAUAGAUGAGAAGUUCCAAAGCUUCCAUGCUGUGCUGGUCGCCUUGGCCAAUAUGGAGGUGCACAUAUACCAGGACAAGAACCUUGUGAACAUCAUCCAAACGCAGGACGUUGUCAGCAGCAUCUGCUUCGGCCGCUAUGGGAGGGAAGAUAACACGCUUGUCAUGACCACCAAAGGCGGGGGCCUGAUCAUCAAGAUCCUAAAACGCACUGCCACGUUUGACAAGCGGGAUGCGGUUGUCGGAGCCCCUGUCGCCCAGAGCAUCAAGCUCAACGUGCCCAAGAAGACAAAGCUGUAUGUGGACCAGACGCUACGGGAGCGGGAGAGUGGCGUGGCCAUGCACCGGGUGUUUCAGACGGACCUGAGCCGCAUCCGACUCAUGGCGGCCCGAGCCUACGCCCAAGCGCUUCAGUGCAACAUGACGCCUGUGUCUGAGUCGGCGCAGGAGCAGCUGAAGAUGAACGCUGUGGUCCAGGGCAUGGGCCCUACCUUCAAGUUGACCCUUAACCUCCAGAACAUGUCAGAUACCCGUGCAGUCGCCAACCUUCUCAUCAGCUUCCUGUAUGAUGAAAAACUCUACUCCAUAGAGCAUCCUUUCUUUAAGACUCCCAUGUUGGUUCCAGGAUUGAAUUACCCUCUGGCCACCUUUGUGGAGUGUCUGAGUGAACAAGGGACCUCGGAUAUUAUUAAGGUGUUUGUGUUGCACGAGGGGGAGCCUGAACCACUGCUGACGGCGCACAUCAACAUGCCUGUCAGCGAAGGCCUGGCAGCCGUGUGAGCUCAAGGUCGAGUGUGAGCUCAGGGUCGAGCGGAGGAGAGGAAAAGGGCCAACCCACUUGUACUCUUCUCUCUGGGCCGUGUGCCUCAGCAGUAGCAUAGACUUUACCUCCAUCAGUUCUAGGAAGGGCCACCUGGAGAGGAGCACCACCCUAGGAUAGCCGGCGUCAUUUGCGAUGGAGGUAUGCGGAGUUCCUCCUCACACUGAGGAAGAGCCCACAUCCAGGGGCUGCCACAGGAUUAGCCGCAGCUCGUCUUCUGGGCCCAGAAGUGGAGAGGUGGAACAGCAAAUGAAGUCCAGUGGUUCAAGAGCCCAAUAAAUUUUAUUUAUUCUUAUGUUUGACUUUGGGGCAUGUAUCUGGGUGAAGGUGUUUGGAGCAUUGGAGAAGGAUGUACAGUCAUACCUCGGAAUGAAUACGCUUCAGGUUGAGCAUUUUCAGGUUGUGCUCCGCGGUGACCCAGAAGUAACAGAACGUGUUACUUCCGGGUUUUGCCACUUGCACAUGCGCAGACGCUCAAAAUGAUAUUCCACGUGCAUGCAUGGAAGUGGCGAAACGCGACACGCACAGUCACAUAUUACGUUCGCUUCAGGAUGCGAACGGGGCUCCAGAACAGAUCCCAUUCGAAUCCAGAGGUACCACUGUACAGAAAAGAUCAGGGGGCUUGAGCACCUCUGCUAUGAUUGGAAGUCAAAAUUUGUUGGACUUUUUUUCUUUAGAGAAGAGGGAUAUGGCCAUUGAUUGAUUGAUUGAUUGAAUUUAUAUACCGCCCUAUACCCAGAGGUCUCAGGGCAGCUCACAGAACAAAAUCAAAAUACAAAACCACAAAAUAUAUAAUUAAAGUAAAAGCAACAUCCCAGUAACCCCUUUUGAGCAUAAGGGUGCGGGGGGAGAGAUGAAGGCAGAACCCCUGUGCGGUUGUUUCCAGGUUUGAAUGAGUCCUCAGUGGGCUCUCCUUCUUCCCCAGAGCUCCCUUCUCCUGCUUAUGGCUAUUCCUGGCUAGAGCAAUAGAUGGUAUCAGGCCAUUAUUUAAGAUUUCGGACAGUGCCCUCACAAUGCCUGAUGCUUCCACUGCUCUGGAGCAUAGUGGGAAAUAUAGAUUCACAUGCAGCAGCCACUUGGCCCAGGACAAGCAUCAGCUCCACAAAGCCCUCCACUCCCAAUGGUUUCCCAAGACAUUUGCAUGCUGACACUGGGACCUGAAUUCAUGUCACAUGUGGAACUGGGCUGCCCAUCUAUUAGGUUCUCUGUUUUGAGACGUGGGCUGGGGGAGAAUUUAAUUCCACUCAAACUGAAAUGUAAAUCUUCCCAAUCCACAGUGAUGCACAGUGUGGAGGGAGUAGAUGGAGAGAAGUUUUUCUCCCUCUCAUAAUGCUGUAACAUGGGGUUAUCCAGCGAAGCUGAAGGGGAGAGGGGGAGGCCAGACAACAAGAAGUCCUUCUUCACCUUCGACCUAUCUUUUGGGUUCUGGGGUGCUGCAGACGAGGAGCAAGAGCCCUCAAGGUCUGAACCAAAGUUUGGUUUCAGGAAGCCACAGUCAUCUCGGGAGCAGGUUCCCUCCUGUGAAAGCAGAUUUCCUCAUAUGACUUCUGAUAUCUUGUGUAUCCCUGCUGAAAUCCAAGAAAGCCUUUGUGACCCUUUUCGUUUUGUUUUAUUUGAAGUCCUGCGAGUCAGUAUCAGGGCUCAUUAUUUGCUCCACAGAUAUCUAUGGUUGUCUUUUUAUUUGGCAUACUCCCUGUUCCGAGUUACUUGUGUUUUCUGUUGGACUAAACUGGAAUGUAGAAGAUAAGAAUGAAAAAGACACUCCACGUGGCAUAAAACAUAGGAGGAGAUAGGCAUGAAAGAACAUGAAUACUCUCUAUGUUGGGCUUCUCAAGGCUGAGGCUGGUGAUUUCUGCUCUAGAUAACAGCACAGCUGGUGACUAUUAUCCUUCUUUAUAACAUAAACACCAACAUGAGAAUUUAAUUCUCAGGUUGUCUGGGGCAGGUCACGAAGUAGAAGAGAUUGCUUUGAAUCAAUGCAUAGUUCACACCAAAGCUUCUUUAUAUUUAGAUGGAAUUUUGAAUAUAUUUUGUCUGUCUCCAGAUUUCACUUCCCUUUUGUUUUUCCAAUUCUGUUAUUCUGUGAUCAUAUUGUGGUUUGUUGUACCAUCUCAUACAACACUGUUGAGAACAUAAACUUUGGGUCAUUCUCCUUUGA